AUGAGUCCUACAGCUUCUUCCAGCCCGAAACUACACCACCAUAACCAGCACAUGCAACAUCACCAGCAACAGCAGCAGCAGCAGUCGUUUUACCCGCAGCUGCCCAAAGUUGCUCGGCCUGCUUCUGUGCUCCUGGAGCCUUCGUCCGCUGCGGUUGCAAUCCAGACACAGGACAAGAAUGGGACUCGUCCUCGAUCUCAGUCUCAUACUGUUUACUCGAACUAUCCUCCUCCGCCCUCGGCUUCUUCAACACCGCCGCUUCCUAUGCCCGUUACUAACUCUUCGAGCCACGAGCUUGUAUCAGAUAACCCAGUUCGGUUCCAGAACUGGAGACAGCCCGCACACAGGUCCAAGUUGUCGAAGCAGUACACGCCAUCCGAGGACGAGCUCGACAGCGAUGACGAGUCUGAUAUCAAGCGGCGAACUAAAUUCAUGUCGGGCACUGCGCUUGAGCUGAACACCGAUGCUGAGGCUUUGAACGCCCUGUCGAAGCUGAGCGCUUCGUCGCCCACAACGUCGUCCCUUUCAGAGGAUGUGGAUUCAGGGUCUUUAGUCUUGGACAAAAAGAAGAUGUCUCUGGGAAAGAGGAUAUCCAAGUUCUUUGGAGGCGGAGGAAGCAAACCUGCCGCCUCUGCCCCCUCUCCCAUCUCAUCAAGGUCUCCUGCUUCCUCGAUCUCUGGAUUCGAGCAUUCUAAUUCGGCAAGGUCUUCGACCACAUCGCUCACCCCGAUCGACGAACUGAUUGCCCCACCAAGCCGUGCCCAUGGCGUGUACAUGCACCAGAGAUCGUUUUCUACACCGGACCAAAUCGGCAGCCUUGCUCACGGGCAGAAUGGCAUCAGUGGUCAGUCUGCUCUGGCAUACAAUCCCGCAGUAGAGGGAAGCAGACUUCGCCAAGCAAGAGAUAGUGGGUUUGGUGAGGCCGAAGGCAAGGGACAUCACCGAAAUUCGAGCUCGUUUGCGGUCCCACGUCCAGGAACGUCGUCGCGGUGUUCAUCACCAAGGUUACAGCCUCAUUCUCAUAACAGCAGUGACAGCAACCGAUCCUCGGUACAAAGGAUCGAGGGGGCCAUGUAUAUAGAUCAACCGCUCCGAUCCGCUCAUGGCGGCAACAGCACGCCACUCUCGACAUCCUUACCACAGAUUCGCGGACAUGCCGAUCGCGAUCUGCAGUCCCCAGCACCGCAGCGACAGGGCCAUCAUCACGGCUUCAUGGGCGGCGAACUGGCUCAUUCGGCGCUUUCGCCCUCAUCUUCGUCAUCGCAGUCGAUGCCGCGGAGGAGCAGCACACCAGUCAUUGUCGCGGAAACGCUGAUCUCUAAGGUCAGUCGCGAGAGCGCCUCGGUCUGCUUCCAAGCACCCAACGUCAAGAAGGAGACGUUCACCAAGGACGCCAACUUGGACCCUGUCCUGUCCAACUUGGUGCAGCAGCAUCGGAAAGAUUUCAGGACAAACCAGCGACUAGGUGGUACACCUCCACCUCAGUCUCAACAGCAGCACUCGCCCUUAUUGUACCAGAGCGCUUCUCCGAGAGUGCGAAGAUCGUCCACGUAUAGCGAGGACACAUUUGCGCCACCGAUGUUGACACGAGACCCAAACGCGCGACGGGACUCAAGUGGAUCGCAGCAUCUAUAUUAUCCGAACGGGUUGAACAGCCCGCAGUUGCCAAGUCCGGGUCUGCAUGCGACCUCGAUGGAAACCCACAUGAAGAGGCUAUCGAACAGCAGCAUUGUAGCUCAACAGCAACAGCAGCACCCAUAUAUCUCGACGGGUCAACGCGUGAACUCCUCAAGCAGCCAGAAUUCUCUGCAUCAGUCUCAAGGCGGCCAGCACUCGCCCCUCGCUGCUUCCCAGAGAUCUCCACGCAAGCGACUAUCGUCCACAGGGUACUUCACACCUCAGCAGCAACAGCAGCAGCAGCAGCAGGCGUGCUUCGAUUCACCAGCACCACCUCAGCUGCUGCAGGUAUCCCCAUUUCCAAGCCCGAGCCUUGGCAGCAGUUUCUCUCCUUCGAUCCAUGCUCACGACCUGUCGCUUCAGCUUCAGCAGCAGGCGCAGCAACAGCAGUUGGAGCAGUUGCAGCAGAUCCGAAUUCAGCAACAGCACCUUCUUCUUCAACAACAGCAACAGCUUCAGCAGCAGUUGCAGCAAACACGUGCAGUGACGGUGGCGAUGCAGCAGCAACAGCAGCAGAUUGGGCUUGGUUUGGGAGUCGUUCAAGUACCGGUACCGAUGCCAGUCCAGGUGUCAGUGCCCAUGUCGAUGCUGAUGGCGCCGCCGCAGAAGCAGAUGAGGGAGAAGCCUACGGGCGUGAAACCGUUGAUGGUGACGCCGUCUGGAUAUACACAACAGCAAAAGAAUCCAAAGUAUGGCUAUCAUCCCACAACGGCGACAGCGAUGGCGACGACGACGGCUGGAUACCGGUAG